AUGCCAGCGUCCACGGUACACCUCGUCAUCAUCCACCACGGUCUUUGGGGCACCCCAGCCAACACGGAAUACCUCACCACCACCCUUGCCAAACACCACGGAGGCACUGUCUCGCCUGCCUGCACACUCACACCGCCGGAAUCAGCUUCAACGAUUGCGGUGCAUGCCGAGACGCACCCGAACGCCGCACGCGAGGAUGUGCGCAUGGUGGUGCUGAACAGCGAGGUGAACUCGGGCGACCACACGUACGACGGCAUCGACUGGUGUGGUGAGCGGUUGGUCAAGGAUGUCUAUCGGGAGGUAGGGAGGAUCGAGCGUGAGGAGGGGGCGGUGGUGGCGAGGUGCAGCUUGAUAGGGUAUAGUUUGGGCGGCUUGGUGAUACGGUACGCUGCCGGGGUGAUGUAUGCGGAUGGGUUCUUUGCGGAGGAGGAGCGGAAAGGCGGGAAAGAAUUGGGGUUCAGGUCGAGACCGGUCGCGGCGAGUUUGUCGACGAUCGCGACGCCGCAUUUGGGGGUGACGUUGACCGGGUCGACGUUCAGCAAAGUGGCGGCUAGAGUGGGCAGCUCGAACCUGGGCCGCACGGGCAAGCAGCUGUAUCUGGCGGAUCGUGGGUGGAUUCCUCCAUCCACCAGCACUUUCACUAGAGAAGGUGGAGCGGUCACGAACGACAAAUCGAAUGGCCAAGAUGCAGGGCUGUGCCUGGUCGAAGCGCUCUCCGACCCGCGCUUCACCUUCAUCGCCGCGCUGCGCCUCUUCCAGCGCAUCGACAUCUACGCCAACGCCGUCGCGGACCUCACCGUAUCCUAUCGCACCGCAGCCUUCGAAACGCACGACCCCUUCCUCGCUCCCGACCGCCUUUCGCUCGAGCGCGAUCCGGACCACCCGCCCCUCCUCGUCUCGUACUCCGCCAUCACCACCCCUGCGCGUACCAAGUCGUUCUGGCGCAAGGUAGCCUCCCAACUGUCCCCAAACAACCUGCCGUGGAUGCUGAACCCGCAGCGGUUUCCGUUCCGGUUCCCGCUGAACUACGUGGCGCUCGUGUGCCUGCCCGUGCUGCUGCCGGUCAUGGUUGGACUGGUGCUGCACAAGUUGCGCUCGGAUAGCAAGGUGAGCAACCGGAGGGUGGAGGAGUUUGAGCGCGUGUGGGCCGAGGAGAACGGGUUGCUGCUGCCUGCCGUCGCCGCCGUCGAUGCGGGUGGUAAUGGUGCGGGCGGCGAGGACGCGGACUCGUUGGCUUCGAGCAAGCGGCUCAAGCAGGGUCUGCGCAAGAACGACGCCAAGUCAAAGGUCACCACGGUGGAUAAAGCAACAAGGAGCGAGUGGGAGCGCAAGCGGAUCAGCAACUUACUCGCUGCCGUCGAAGCCGAAGCGGAAGAAGCUCUCCGAGAGGUCGGCGAGGAUUACGUCGCCACCUCUGCUCCUUUUUCCCCUUCCUCCCUCUCCACCAACGAUGAUAACGAUGACGACACAGGCCGCUACACUCUCAAGCCCAACACCCCCACGCGCUGCCUCUGCGACCCCAGCUCCCUCCCCAUCGCGCGCGACGAAUACCCGCUGCUAGACAUCCAACACCGCAUCGUCGCCAACCUCAACAACCGCGCACUGCUGCCCCAGGUCCAGAAACACCUGGCCCAUUUCGACGACGUCCUCAACGCCCACGCCGUCAUCAUCGUGCGUACGGUCACCAUGGAGAUGCACAAGAAAGGCAUCCCACUCAUCAAGGCGUUCGUGCAGCGCUUUGGCCUCUGA